UCGUGCGACGCCGUUUGACUGCAUCACUUCUCGUUUCUGUUGUAAGCAUCUUCGUAAUUAUUAGUGUUUUGAAGUUGUUUAUUGUGAAUUUAUCGAAAAUGGAUGGUUUAAAGCGUAAAGACUUUUAUAACAACAAUGCUGUAAAACGUAUGAAAGCUGCUUCGAAUCAACUAACCAAAAAGCAGCGCCAAGAGUCGCGAUAUAAAAUACGCCAAUCCAAUCGCGAUAUGAGUGAAUCGGAAGAGGAGAAUGCUGGUCCAACGAAAAUGCAUCAUAGCAAGCGUAUUAACGUCGUGGAAUCGAACAGCACGAUGUUACUAAUAAGCGAUCAGUAUCAACAGAGGUUGCAUCGUUUGCGCGAAUUUCAACAGCAAAAGGAAAUGUUGCGAAAGAAGAAAGCAUCCCAAGCAGCACCGUUCAUUCCGUAUGUUAGCAAUACACGCAUACGUGACGAAGUAGAUAGCAAUCGGAAGGGGGCACGGGCUCUGCGUGAAAUGCAGUUGAAACCAACAGAGGAAGCUUUGCCUAGGAAACGGGUCUCACCUUUGCCUAUGAAGUUCACAAAACCACGGGUGGACUGUUGGAGGACUGAAGGGAAAAGGGAAGCCUGUAAAGAUGUACAACUGUUGGCUGGUGGAAAAGAGGUAGCUGGUGAAGGUGUGUGUCGGUUUGUUCACCCGAUUGCUAUCGUGAAACCCACUAAAAUGACAAAGGAAGUAAAGAACGCCAUUAAGCCUGCUAAGAAUCGUCUAAACAUCGAAAAUGUUAAUCAUCUGACCCGUCCGAAAACGGCAUUGGUUACUUCAACUGCUCGCAAGGAUAAACGCAAGCCUCUAGCUUUCACCUUCGAUCCUCCGUCCGGGUUAGGUGUUGGCAGAAAGACAAAUACGCUUACCGUGGCCGAUGCAGACAGCUUGUUCGAUGGUAUUAGUCCGAUCGAUCCAAUCGAAGAUCCAUCUCCACACAAAAAAAUUAUUUUGCCAAAGCCCAACCAUGAGGGAGAGAGCAUUUGGGAGCCUCAACCCGUGGCUGGUAUUCUAGAAGCAACAGCCAUCGGUUGUGAAAGCGGUGUUAUUUUGAUAAACGAUGAUUCACCAGUGGCUGAAAAGGCAUUGGAACGGAAAGCAGCGUUGAAUGAAUCGUUCACUAUAUGCGAUGCAACAGAUCGUGCUUUCGAAAACGCCGAAGACAGCAUCUUUGGAUGCCGUCCAAUAAUCACAGACGAGCAGGUAUCAAUUGUGUCCGAUAUAAAGCAAUCGGCCCCAUUAACAGAAGCAGGAGAAAAACAGGAUACGGCCGACGUGUCUUCCUCGCCAAGAGAAGUGUCUAACAAAACGGUUUUGUCUGCAAACCGACGAUCAUCUAUCUGGUCUGUUACAUUGGUAUCUGGAGUCGAUGUGCCAUCGCCUAGUUUUGAAAAUGCACCGAUCACGGUCAUUUGUCUCGACGAACCGAAACAAAAAGACACAUCUGCAUCGUCGCGGAAACGUUCUUCACUUGCAUUCACGGAGGAAAAUAUAAAUACAGUAAUCUCUCCGAGUGUGUCGAACGUACAAUCUGACGUAGCGAAUAGCAUGGCUAAUCCGGAACGACGAAGCUCAUCCAUUGAACCGAUAGUGAUUCAAGAAGGCGAUACAGAAGAUCAACCAGCAGCCCCACCGGAAGAGGUGCUUCAAAAGACUAAUUUUUAUUACCAGAAGGUAGAUAGCGAAUUGGCACGUCUGCAGGCGCUUUGCAACGAGUUUGCGCCCUACCUGGAAGGAGAAUAUGAAUUGAAUGAUCACUGUAAAGGCUUGAUCAUGGCGGCACAAGGGCAAACGAACAUACUCAUCAACAAGAAACUGACAAAGUUCCGCGACCUGAUCGGACAUUAUAAAACCAAGUGGAACGAUCGUAAGGUGCGCAACGAUGAUCUGGAUGGAUUCUGGCUAAUGGUAUCGCUCGAUUUGGAUAACCUAGACAAGCGCUUCGCCGAGCUGCGGACCCUGCGAGAAAAUAACUGGAAGGAAUCGGACCCAGAGCCGCAACCGAAGGAGAAGAAACUGCAAGGCGCCGGUGUUAAAAAGCGAGCUAAAAAAGCGGCCGUUGGAAACGGUGUCGCGUCAAAACCAUCCUCAUCUAUUGCUGCGAUGAUACGGAAGGCACGGCAGGAACAGUUGAAACAAAAGGCUACAAAUAUUGACCUGGGCGAGCUGGCGGAGACCGUUACAUUUGUUAAGACACCUGUGAGAAAGUCCGUUCGCAUUGCAGCGUCACCCAAACGCAGAAGUUUGCAGAAGCGAUCGUCCUUCUGCGCCGGAGGUACACCGACAAUUAUCCACUGGGAGCACAAUGCAAGCCCGGCUUCUAGAAAACGUAAAACGAUUUUUCCCGAGAUUAAACAAACUACGGAAAGCGUUAAGUCUAUCCUUAAGACACCCAGAAUCGCAGAUAAACGACGGGCGAAAAGUGUUCUUUUCCUUGAUUCCGGUCUCGAUACACCCCAAACACGACGUAGACAGAGCAGCCGGACUGUAGUGGACACACCGAAACCGAAGAUAAAGUUCAACGAAGAGCUUGAAAUUGAGCACAUUGACAACCUAGUGGCCCGUACGCCAUCGCGGUUGGACCAGGAAUUACAGAAAAGGCGUCGACAGUCCUUGAUGUUAUUCUCGGCCACAAGUUCGGAUGGGGAAAAAAAGGACAAAGGAGAGCAACCUAACAUUAAACCAAGUGGUACGCCGAAAAAUUUAAAUUCUAGUAAAAGAAGAAACGGCACCUCAUCCCGCAAUCUCUCUGCUGUCUUCUGGAACACAGAGGAUGAUGUUUUCCUAGAGCCAGAUGUUGGAUCCGGUGGCAAACGAAUCACCCGUUCAUCGGCCAGUAAGUCGCGCAAAAAAACACUUGACUUCUCUUAACAAUCUCUACAACCUUAUAAAGCAACAUAGGAUAAGAAUUUUGAUAACAUUAUUAAUUUGGGUAUUGUAAUUUAAUGUUUUGAACGUUUUUAUGGUUCUUUUGGUGUCGCUGAUUAAUGUACAAAUGUUAUUUUUUAAACCCAAUUGCUAACAUCUUUAUCCGAUUUCUUUUAAUAA